UUUAGUUCACAUUGUCAUUUUUGUGUAUGGUUCCGUCAGUGUAGUGAAUUUUGUUUAUUUUCAGUAAAACAAUAAAAAUAGACUAUGGGAUGUUUGUAACGUGUUCAUUUCCGCUCAAUUUUCACAAAACCGGCAAAUUUUGUAAAUAGAAUUGGUUCAAUGUGUGGCAAAUUGCUCAUUAUUUAUGUUUAUAUACUUUUGUUUUGAUUAUCUUUGGUUGGCGCAUUCUUACCACUUUUCUCAGAUAUCCUAAGAUUAGCCUUCCCAAUCUUUCACAAAUCACUGUUAGCAAUGUUAAGCUCCGAAUGAUUUACCAAUGAAAUACUCAAAAAGAUGUGCCUGCAUUCUUUUAUCUUUGUUGUGUGUGUUGCAAAUAAUUCAAGGACAACCUACAAAUAACCCACUGCUUUUAUAUUCCACCACAAAGGAUAUUAGAAUAGCGAAUACAACAAGGAAUAGCAAUAAUAAAAUAACAACUACGUUACUAGUGAAAAAUUUUACAGAAGGUCCUGCUAUUGAUUAUCAUUAUGAAGAAGAAAAGAUUUGUUGGACUGAUCAUGGACUUGAAAGCAUACUGUGUGCUCAUUUUAAUGGCACGGAGGUCAAAAAUAAGGUUGAAGUAAUCAGCACCGACCUCCUAUCACCGGUAGGGCUCGCAUGCGAUUGGUUCACAAGCAAGUUGUAUUGGUUAGACAGCGAAACCAAACGCAUCGAAGUCGCUACCAUAGAAGGCCUACACCGUAAAGUGCUCUUCUGGACUGACAUCGAUCAACCACGUGCCAUAGCUUUAGCCCCCAUGAAAGGUUUCAUGUUUUGGACUGAUUGGGGCGAAGUCCCAAAAAUCGAAAGAGCGGGAAUGAACGGCGACCCCACGACGAGGAGGGUCAUCGUAAAUACUACCAUAAUUUGGCCAAACGGCCUUACAAUCGAUUACGAAACCGAAACGAUUUAUUGGAUUGACGGGAGUUUGCAAUUUCUUGAAAGCAUGACGUAUGAAGGGACGAAUCGGACGACGGUUUUAAAGUCAGGGUUUCAAUAUCCGUUCGCUUUGACGAUGUUUCAAACGAAAAUUUAUUGGACCGAUUGGAAAUCAUGGUGUAUUCAUUUAUACGAUCAAAAUACGAAACAAUCUAAAGAACUAAUCGAUCAUUUAGACUACACUGUACCUAUGUAUAUACAAGUUUACAACAAAUUGAGGCAACCAAAACGCCCCCAUGCGUGUGAAAAGAACAACGGCGGUUGCUCUCAUCUCUGUUUGUUGUCUCCUAACCCCCCGGGCUUCUCAUGUGCUUGCCCUUAUGGAAUUAAGUUAAUUGAUAACUUGACUUGUGCCGAGGGACCUCAGGAAUUACUUUUAUUAGCUCGACGAACUGACAUUUGUUUAAUCCACUUGGAUUCACCCGAUUAUACYAAUAAAAUUCUACCUCUCCACGACGUCAAAUAUACCAUAGCUGUAGACUACGACCCUGUACAAGGCUACAUCUAUUGGUCCGACGACGAAGUGAAAAAAAUCCAAAGAGCGCGUCUUAAUGGUUCUGACCAAUCAGACGUCGUCACUGAUGAAAUCCAACACCCAGAUGGCAUUGCAGUUGAUUGGGUUUCUCGGAAUAUUUAUUGGACGGAUGCAGGGACGGACCGUGUUGAAGUUUAUCGACUUGAGAAAAAAUACCGAAAAGUGAUCAUUUUUAACGAUUUGAUGGAACCCAGAGGGAUUGCAGUAGCGCCGGAAUUGGGGUGGCUUUUUUGGUCGGAUUGGUAUGACAAAAAUCCUAAAGUGGAAAGGGCGAAUUUGGACGGCUCUGACCGCACUGCGAUUGUUUACGAGAAUUUGGGGUGGCCGAAUGGGAUUACUUUGGAUUUAAAUAAGGGAAGAUUGUAUUGGUGUGACGCUAAAACUGACAGAAUUGAACAUGCGAAUAUGGAUGGGGGUGAUAGAAGGGUGUUGAUCAGUAAUGACGUGCCUCAUGUUUUUGGGUUCACUUUGAUGGGUGAUUUUCUGUAUUGGACGGAUUGGCAGAGAAGGAGUAUUGAGCGGGCCCACAAAGAUACAGGUGGGCGUAGAGAAGUUAUUCUCGAUCAAAUCCCGAACGUAAUGGGAUUAAAGGCAAUAAACUUGGGUGAUUUUUCUGGAAGAAAUCUGUGCAGUAUUAACAACGGAGAUUGUUCUCAAUUUUGUUUCUAUCGUCACAACAAAACGAAAGUUUGCGCAUGCGAAUUGGGAUACGAACUUGCUCAAGAUCGUCGAACUUGUGUCAAACCGAAAAUUUUUCUAUUAUAUUCGAAGAAGAAUCAAAUUGGGAUGAUUGGUAUCGAAAAUAGGAACAACGAAGUUGCAAUACCAUUAACUGGAGUUAACCAUGCUAGUUCUGUUGCUUACGAUACUAGCACAAUGCGAAUAUACUGGAGCGACCUGAGUUCACGUACAAUAAUGCGAUCAUUUUUUAACGGUUCAGAUACCGAAAAAGUGAUCGAUUUAGGUUUAACAUCACCAGAAGGAAUCGCGAUUGAUUGGUUAGGGUUAAAUAUUUAUUGGACGGAUUCUUUUGCUCAUCGAAUUGAAGUUGCUCGAUUGCAAGGUUCAAGUCGGCGGACUUUGCUGUGGGAAGGGAAAGUUUACGAUCCUCAUAGCAUAGUGGUUGACCCCCCAAAUGGUUUUAUGUACUGGUCGGAAUGGGGUACUUCGAAAUCAAUUAAAAAAUCUGCAAUGAAUGGUGGUAAUGUUAGCCAAUUGCGAGUUACCAAAGAAUACGCCGCGGACUUAACUCUAGAUUAUGACAGUCGAAGGUUGUAUUGGGUUGAAACAAAAUCAGCAAUGAUUUUAUCUGUUGAUUUGGACGGUAAUGAUGAAAAAAUAAUCGUUAAGGAUAAUAUUUAUAUGCCAGUUGGGUUAACACUAUACAAGGAUUUUAUCUAUUGGAGCAAUUCUGCUGAAAUUAUGAAAGCUAAUAAAAUAGACGGUUCAAAUCCCCAAGUCUUACAUAAACAAUCUCAUAUCACUGAUCUCCAAGUCUACCACAACGAUUACCGGGGUCGUAAUCAGUGUGCUACUAGUAAUGGGGGCUGUAGCGAUUUGUGUCUAGCUUUACCUGCAAAUUCGCCCGAAGAACCAACAAGAUUCACUUGCGCAUGUCCUACUCAUUUCGCACUUGUUAAUAAUGAGUGUUUACCUCCGAAGGAAUUUAUGAUUUAUAGUCAGAAAAAYUUGACUGUUCGUUUGUUACCGAGUCCAGCCGGGUGUUUGGAAGCAGUGUUACCUAUUCAGGGACUUAAGGCGAUCAAAGCUAUUGAUUUUGAUCCAGUCCAAAACUUUCUCUAUUGGAUUGAGGGGAAAACACAUUGUAUUAAACGGGCCGACGCCAGUGGUAACCACGUUUUAGUCGUGGUUCAAGGCAAUAAAGAAUUGCAACCAUUUGACUUAGUUGUUGAUCCUAUUGGACGUUUAUUGUUUUGGACGUCGUCUCAAAACGUGAUCAAUGUUACUCGACUUGAUAAUACUACACCUUUUGGAGUCGUGGUAGAAAAAGACAAUGAACAACCGAGGCUUCUGGCAAUUCACGCAACAAAAAGGUUACUUUUUUAUACGGAUGUGGGUCCAUCUCGACAGUUGGUUCGAGCUCGACUGGAUGGAUCCCACAGUUAUGCAAUUACGAAAGAAGCAGACAUAACAGCAAUAGCGGUGGACUCUGAGAAUGAUUGCAUUGUUUGGGCCCAAGGGCAGAGUAUUUAUAUGAGCAAUAUUGAGGGCGAAAACCAGCACGUACUUGUGAAUGGAAGCCAGGCAAAAAUAACCCAAUUGACAAUCCUGUCGGGUUGGCUUUAUUGGAUCGAUCGCGAAUCGACUCAACUCCACAAAAUCGAGCUUCAAUCCGGCAAAUUAAGUUCACCUCUGUCUCUGCUCGCAUCCCACAUUGUGGAUUUAGUCUCAGUUUCGAAACCCGAGCGUAACCACUCUUGCUCCCAAGUCCAUCAAAAGAAAUGUUCACACUUGUGUAUUUUCAAUGGGACAAAUCCGGUUUGUGCAUGCCCGAAAGGCAAUGUACUAAAAGAAGACAAAAGAACGUGCUCGGCAAUUCAAAAUUGUGGUCCCGAUCGUUUCACUUGCGUCUCUGUACCGGCAGAUCAAGACAAUUGUAUACCGAUUUCGUGGAAAUGCGAUCGACAGAAGGAUUGUUUUGAUGGAUCAGAUGAGUUGAAUUGUCCCGAAUGCCCCAAAGAUCAGUUCAAAUGUAAAGACGGAUCGUGCAUUAGUUUGGCACAUGCAUGCGAUGGGAUUGUUCAUUGUGCGGAUAAGUCGGACGAGGAGGCGUGUUGUCGGGAUGGGUUUCAGUGUCCCAAUACCCAGGAAUGUCUCCCAGCGAAUCUAGUUUGUGAUAAAAUCGAUCAUUGUGCUGAUGGCUCCGACGAACAUCCCAGUCAUUGCAAUAAUGCGAGUAAAUUGAAAGUUUCGUCGAAUGGAGUGGUGUGGAUCAUCCUUGGGGCCUCAGUUGCGACACUCUUCAUUUCGGGAAUUUUCGUCUAUUUGUUAAAAAGACGCUCAAGUGACGAUUUGAACGACCAAUCGGAAGAUUCGUUAAGUCCGAUGCAACCAAAACCUCACAUCAAAAUCCGCAAAGGGAUUCCCGAUGUCGUCCGGAUGUCCAUGGUGACCGGCAGCGAGACAAGCUACGACCGCAACCACAUAACUGGUGCUUCGAGCAGCACCAACGAAUCGAGUCUUACUUGUUACCCCCGCGAACCGUUGAAUCCUCCCCCGAGUCCUGCCACAACCCGAGGGAGCAGUCCCUCAUCCAGGUAUCGUCCGUACCGACAUUACCGGUCCAUCAAUCAACCGCCUCCACCUACUCCUUGUUCUACGGAUGUUUGCGACGAAAGUGAUUGCAAUUAUCCGACAAGGAGUAGGUACGAUGGGGGGCCGUUUCCGCCCCCGCCUACACCCAGAUCUCAUUGUCACAGCGAAAGCUGUCCGCCGUCCCCGAGUUCGAGGUCGUCGACCUAUUUUAAUCCGUUACCACCUCCUCCGUCUCCGGUGGCGUCGCCGCCAAGAGGCUACGAUUCUUGAUACGUCGAAUUUUCAUUAUUUUAUGUUGUGAUAACAAAACUUAACUCACCAAGAUGGAAAUUCACAUUGUGCCUACGCAUUUAUGAAUUUUGUGUAAAUAAUAUUUAAAAAUAUGAUUUAUACUCGAGACUGUUACAUUAUCUAUCGUUAAGUAAAUAUAUCUAGAGAAAUGUUUUUAUUA